GAAGCCGCAGCGCUCAGAUCAAACAGCUCAGAGACAGAGACACGCAGAGAGGAGCAGCGCGCCCGUCACCUCCUCCACCUCCUCCUCUUCAUCAGGAUCAACUCCUCUCCAUCAUGGACUCUCCUCGGACUCGUGCCCUCCUGUCCACCGGAUAAACUUUGGACUUACACCGCGUAUCAUGGGAAUAUACUGUCUGUGCGCUCGGCCCCGUGGAUCUAUACUGUCUUGAUGGAAACCAUGUCACCGCAGCAGGGGACCAUGGGACAGAACAGGUCCGACUCUCUGACGGGAGAGAGCAAGGCGCUUCCCGACAACAAAAAGAAGAUGAAGACCUUGGCCCAGAGACGACAGUCAGCUCCCUCGCUGGUCAUCAGCAAAGCACUUACCAGAUCGAAAAGCACAUCGAGGGAAAGCUGCCUGACACCAGUCAGCCCCGAGUCCUGUCCCCUUGUCCAGGCCUUCCUGGCUGAGUGUCCAGGCCGUCAGUUCCUGGGCCAUGCUCAAACACAACUGAAGACAGGCCUGCAGACCCAGGACAGACACCUUUUCCUGUUCACCGACACACUGCUCGUCGCCAAGGCCAAGUCUCCAACUCAUUUUAAGGUGAAGGCCCAAGUCCGAGUGUGUGAGAUGUGGACGGCUAGCUGCAUUGAGGAAGUAUGUGAAGGAAGCACCAACCCAGAGAGGAGCUUUGUCAUGGGCUGGCCCACCUGCAACUGUGUGGCCUCUUUCAGCUCUGAGGAGCACAAGGACAAAUGGUUGGCACUCAUCAAAAGCCGGCUAACUGAGGGAAAAGAGAAGGACGAUCCUAAGACUAUUCCUCUGAAGAUAUUUGCGAAGGAUAUUGGAAAUUGUGCAUAUGCCAAGACACUUGCGGUCAGCAACACUGACAGCACCACUGAUGUCAUUCGCAUGGCUCUGCUCCAGUUUGGAAUAUCGGGCUGUGUUAAAGACCACCGGUUGUGGGUGAGCUCCAGUAAGGACGAUCCUCCAUACCCUCUCAUCGGCCACGAGUUUCCCUUCAGCAUUAAGAUGAGCCACAUUCGGGAUGGUGGGAGCAGCGGUGGAGGACUGGGAGUAGGAGCAGGGAGGGAUCCAACGAGUCCCACAGAUUGUCCAGGGGUGCUGCUGCUGGACCAGUGUCUCCCCCCAGACACCCAGUGCCAGUUUAUCCUCAAACCCAGCAAGGUUGCCCCGGGGCAGGUGCCACUUAUAGAGCCUGGUCAGCAGAAGUCUUUUAAGAGAAAAAGGUCUCUGAUCAACUGGCCUUUCUGGAAAGGCUCCAACACACAGCUGGACAGCCUGCCCCUGUCUCCGACCUCACUCUCCCCCACUCAGGGACGGCUGUUCGGACGACCCCUGAGCUCUGUCUGCUCUCCAGACCACGGCCUGCCCAAGCCUGUCAUGGACAUGUUGGUGUUCCUGUAUCUGGAGGGGCCGUACACACGGGGCAUCUUCAGGCGGUCAGCUGGGGCCAAAGCCUGCCGGGAACUUCGGGACAGGCUGGACAGUGGGACAGAGGACCCGGAGAUCACACACCAGUCUGUGUUUGUCAUCGCUGCUGUCCUCAAGGACUUUCUGCGAAACAUUCCAGGCAGCAUGCUGUGUGUGGAUCUGUAUGACCAGUGGAUGGAUGUGAUAGAAGGGGAGGGUGGAGAGGAGAGGAUGCAAGCUGUCCAGAGGUUGCUCCACCUCCUGCCCAGCGAGAACCUGCUUCUGCUGCGACAUGUGAUCGCUGUGCUGCAAUGUAUCCAACGCAAUGCCCACGACAACCAGAUGAACGCCUUCAACCUGUCCGUCUGCAUCGCUCCCAGCAUGCUUUGGUCUCCAGCACCUAGCACCCCCGAGAUGGAGGGGGAGGGCACCAAGAAGGUGUGUGAGCUCGUUCGCUUCCUCAUAGAGAACUGCUGCAGCGUCCUGGGAGACGACGUCACAACGCUGUUCAGGAGCUUCAGCCAAAAGAGCAGCAGCAGUGACCACGGAUCAGAUGUGUCGUCCUUCCAGAUGAACGACUCGUCCUAUGACAGUCUGGAGAAUGAGCUGAAUGAUGACCCUGAGUCUCCCUAUCAGGACCAGCUGCCCCUUCGUGACAAGGACAAGCCGGACAGCCGCAGUCGUGACUCCGUCAUCACCCUCAGUGAUUGCGACCCGGAUCCCGACCCUGAGACUGACCUCCUGCUGCAGCUCCCCCUGCUGGCCAGACCCAGAAGGUUCAGCCCCGCAGUCCGACAGCCUCGACCCCGCCAAGCCAAUGGUCUGUCACAGGGUCCCAGGAGGCUAAGAAGGAGUUCAGAGCCCGCUUUGGCCCUGGUGAGCACAACGCCCCCCGGCGUAGUGACUGUUCACACCGGUAACCACCACCUGCCAGUCAGGAAGGCGAGCUAUGAUGCCGCCAUGGAGGGGGAGGGGGAGGAGGAUGAGGUGUUUCUGGAGCAGCGGCUGAGCGGCCUGCAGCUGAAGGAGGAGGAAGAGGAUGGAUGUGAGAAGGGAGGAGCCAAAGUCCAGAAUGGUGGGCGGAGGAAGAUGAAGCACGCCCCUCCACCUCCUUUGCGACUGGAUGCCAGCUGUUCCAGUCUGUCGUCACCAGCAACCUCACCCACAGGCUCCUCCCUCAGCUCUUUAGACUCCGCCUUCUCACAGUACUCUACUGACUAUGCCACCAAUGGGGUGAUUUCAUUGGCUGAGCCUGCUUCUCUCUCCCCUCUGUUUCCUGGGCGGCCCCAGCUGUCGCCCAGGGUCUCCCCUCCUCAUAAGGAAGCCCCGCCUCAUUGGCCACAGCCCACCCCACCUCCUCGGACCAGCCAAACCCAAUCUCACACUCAUGGCCUCCACCCUAACACAUGGCUCAAGAAGGAGCGCCGCCUGUCACUGAGGCAGUCUGAUAAUGGACACACGGAGGAGGACUCGCCUGUUGUAAAUGGGAAAACCCACCAAACCAAUAAUGGCUACCCCGCCAGUGCCCAGGAGGCCACGGCGACAAACCAAAACUGCCAGCGGAGAUCCAGCUGCCCUCCAUCCUACCAGCAGGCUCUGCUGCAGCUGCAGCACAGCCGAUCUCCUUUCUACAAGGGGACGGAAAAAUCUCUGACGGUCAGAGAGCUGAGGCAGCUCCACGACCAGACCUGCACCUACAGACCCCAGAACCCAGCCUCCCCUAACAAACCGCACACAGGAAGUGAGGUCACACAGAGGCGGACUCGAAACGGGUGUGCACAGCCUCCACAGGGGGUUUUCUAUGGACAGAGCACCACGACUCUGGUCCUCCAGAGGCAAAAGUCUCACUCUCUAACUCCAGCCAUGGAGGGACACAAAGAGGGGAGAAGCCUUCCCCGUCGAGCAUCUGAACCUGUCAAGGUCACUGCGAAGUUUAGUCCCCCCACCAGCCACACUCUGGACAGACCUCGUACUUCAAAAGGUCAGCCCCAAGAUGGCAGCCUGAGGGUGUCAGAGGUGGAGCCCAACCAUGGCGAGCCACGCUUCUGCCUGUCUCCCUCUGCUACCCGUGCUGUAAGGGACUACUUUUCCUCCCAGGGUCAGGAGGAUGCAGACGCCUGCCUGAGAAGGAGUCAGGAGGUGGCGCUGGCUAUUGUACAGGGGAAGAGGGAAUGGCAGAGCAGGCGGUGCAGUGACCCAAGAGUGGAGGAGUUUGACCAGCUCUUUUUUGCAGAAGAGUCAUACGUGUAAAUGGGAACUUUGUGAUAAUAUUCCUCUAUAUGCUACUUUUUUCUGGCAGUAGUCAGCCCAAAACAUAAAUGGUUAUGGUACAUCCAGGGUUUCAGAUUUUAGGUACAGUUACACUUCAGUGUUGCUUUGUAGCACCGUUGGGACCCUCAAAAAUGAUUUAUUGAAUACUGAGGCCCGAUUUAGUGAAUUCAUUGUAGAAAAUAUGGCAUCUCCUUGGACAUCUGGAUCCAUAAACAAUCAUAAAAGCUGUUGUCAAAACAGGUCAGCAUUACAGCUCUUGUGCCAAAAUCUGGUUCCUCUGAAAAAUAUUUUUCUCUGGCAGUGUGUCCUUGUUUUUCCUUUGGAAUAUGUCACUGCUUUUUCAGCGCUUGGAGAAGAAAACGAAGGAGGCAAAGUUCUUGAGAAAUGAAAAAGAAAGACCAAACCAGUUUUUUAGAAAGAAUGUUAGAUUUUUUUUAUGAAGCCAGCAGAAACAUAGCUGAUAUUUGCAAAACAUAUUAAAAACUUCUUUAAAAGGUGGCUAAAUCUUUUUGUAAAAAGGUCAACAUUUUUGAAGAGAUACAAAUGUUGUUCUCUCAACAGCAGUAAUGACAGCAAUAUAGACAUCAGGGCUUCUAUGUCUUCAUGCCAAUACUAUGAACAUGCUUUUACCUUCACCCACAACACCUGUGAUGUUUGAGUGCCAGAGAAAGAGCCGCUGUACAUACUUAUUACAUCUUAGUCUAUUUUAAUGGUGUUUGUACCUUUUAAUCACAUCUGUAAAGUGAAACAUUUUUUUCCCCACAGGGUGAAGCGUUGUGGCUGUCUUGAGUCAGUGAAUCAAUUGGGACGGUAUUUAUUCAUAUGAGCCGAGUUUCCAGACACACAGCACGCAGUGUUCAGUGUCCUCUGUUGCUCUGGUUUAUAUCGCUGUGACCUGGGAGGGAGGGGAGGGGGGAGGAAGAAGGAAAAACUGUGUGUGCAUGUGUGUGUGCGCACAAAGUCAGAAUGAUGCUGAAUAUGAUGCGAAUAUUCACAGCGUGUCCUGCAGGAAUGUGAGAAAACUUGUGCCAUUGAGGGAGAAAUCUCCUUUAUUCUUGCUUUUAUAGCACUUCAAAAUGGCAAGGACAGCCAGUGUGUGUGUGUGUGUCAUCAUUGAAACAGUUUCUCUGUUGUAUGUAUGUUUUGUUCAUAAUAAUGAUAAUAAUAAUAAUAUUAAGAAGAAGAAUCUUUUUGUCUCAGUGCUGCUACCACUGCAGUACUGAUUUCUAAGGUUACACUUAACAAAUGGCCUUAUUUUACUGUGUCAUUCAUUCAUUUGAAUUAUGUAAAAUGAAACCCUGUAAAUAAUGUAUUUUUAUCACAAUGUAAGAGCAGUUUUCACAAGCAUUACAACAGUGUUAUUACUGUAUGAACUUAACAGUUUUUCCAGGAUCACACACUGGAAUAAGGCCAAUAUCAUGUUGAGUGUUUCCACUUUAAAUGGUCUAAAAGUAUUUUAUCCUGUGUUAUUAAUAUAAUUCUUAUCCUCCAUUACAGUGAAUUUGUGUUCAACGUGUAUAGUUCUGCAUAUUUAUGAUACAGAAAUACAUUAUUAUAUAUAAAUCUAUUAUCUUGUUUCUUUGGUAUGUUGUGUUGUGAGAAAAUCAAAUGUGUAUUUUUGUACAUGCCAAUUCUGCUGCUGCUGUCUCUAUAGAAAGUAUAUUUGCUACAAAACGCACCAUUUGUAUAUUGUGUACAUCUGAUGUCCAAUGCUCACAGGAACAAAGUCUCAUUGAUUUUAAUAAAUGUUGCUCUU